AUGAGAAAAUUAGAUGGCAUCAUUCUGACUUGGGACUGGGAGUUGGCCGCCAAGGGUGCAGGUACGUUGCAAGCUGAGCUGGGAGCUCGAGCUCUUUGUCGAAUCUUUGACCCCUCCUGAUUCAGGCUGGAUCAGACUUCCAGUGAUGAUGUUUGAUAUACGAUUCUGCUGCUGCAUACCAAGACUCUUGGCCAGGAGCACCGGCGCAGGAUUUGUCAGGCCUCCCCGACAAAUAA